AUGAAUGAGUUGUGUCGUUCAAUAAAACUUUUUGACAAACGAGUGGCUCCUUUUUCCAUCUUCCGUCCAAACACCAUUCAAGAAUUAAUUAACGAACGAAAAUUUGCACAGUAUCUCCUUUCCAACAAACGCACAAACACAAUCAAAUGUGACAUUCGCUCGACAACUGAAAUUGAAGUGAGUGGAUACUGCAGCCACGAAAAUGCCGAAAUUGAUAUUUUGAUGAACGACGAGGUCGACGAACGAAUAGCAGUGGGGGUUGGUGCGUUCAAAAAGCUCAUAAAAGUCUCCAAGUAUGCGUUGUGGACAGCCACGUUAGUUCACCAAAAUUGUUUUCUAGUCGGAGACGUUGGUGUUUUGCCUUAUUUGCGCGAUACAUUUGACAUCACAAUACUUGCUGAUGGUAUCGUCAUAACAUUUUUCGAUCGCUCGACCGAGGAAUGUGCCUUCUCCGUUGUCCAAACCCUCGAGAAUGGCUUUUUACAUUUGUUCACAUCAAAGUUCGUGCUCACUGAUGUCAAAAAACUCAAAUUGAUUUUCGAUACUCCGCCCAUGGAAGGCAUUUAUGAAUUGAGAUAUCACCUCCAGCGCAAUACAACAACGUUUCAACGCUAUGUAUGGGGGUCACCGAUCACUGUUGAAACACCUUAUGUAAAAUCAGUAUCUUUUGUAGUCAAUCAAAAACAAACGACCCAUUGA